UCGUGAACAAGCGAGCUCGAUACACGCAGCGUUCGAAUUUUAUAAAUGGCGGGAAAUUCGCGUAAUUUUCACUACAGUAAAGACUAAAAAUUAAUGCCUAAUUGUUAUGAAUUAUAAAUUAUUAAUUAAAAUAUAAUUACAGUGAAACACAAGUCGAUGUUUAAAAAACUAUCUUUCCUCUUUUGUUGAAUUUAAGUGUUUUUUUUUUGGUUUUUUUUACGAUGUUAUUAUUUUUAUUCUUUGUUUUGGUGUGCUGUACGGUGAGAUGCGAUUAUGUUAGCAACAAUUACUACAUCAUAGAAAUGCCAGAGGCGGAAAUCGCGAAGGAUUACAACACUCCCUUCAAAGUUUACUGGAAUGUGCCAACCGGGCAGUGCAGGAGCAGAAAAGUGACGUUUGACAACCUGGCAGAGUUCGGCAUCAUCCAAAACCAAGAUGAUAGCUUCGAAGGCGGAAGAGUUACAAUAAUGUAUGACCCAGGUGUAUUUCCAGCUAUAUUUAAGGGUGCUAGUGGAAAGUAUAGAUACAGAAAUGGUGGGGUGCCCCAGCAGGGGAAUUUGGAGUUGCACUUGACCGCAUUUAGAGAGAGCCUGAACAAAUCGAUACCCAAUCCAAAUUUCAGUGGUGUCGGUGUAAUUGAUUUCGAGUCCUGGCGUCCGAUAUUUCGCCAGCAAUUCGGCACUCUGACGCCGUACGUGGACUUAUCAAUGAGUAUUGAGAGGAAGAAACAUUGGUGGUGGCCUGCUGCAUGGCAAAAGAUGGAAGCAACAAAACGUUUCGAAGACGCCGCGAGAAUAUUCAUGCAAACAACACUGUCUAUAGCCAAGCAGAUGAGGCCGAACGCGAUCUGGGGCUACUACGCGUACCCCUACUGUUUCAAUAUUGCCAACAACGCUAUGGAGAAUUGCUCAGAUCUUGUUAAAGGCGAAAAUGAUAAAAUCUAUUGGCUUUGGGCGGAGAGCACCGCCUUAUACCCCUCCGUGUACAGUUCUGUGAACCUCUCGACCUCUCAGCUGGCGGCGCUCGUUCGAGGCCGGAUCACUGAGGCCAACAGAGUGAAGAAAGCUGGGUCGUUAGUGCUACCUUACUUCUGGUAUCGAUAUAGAGAUGCCGGCUUUAUGAGUGAGGAAGACGUAACAGCAGUAUUAGAAGCAUUAAAGAAAACAAAUGCAUCUGGUCUAAUUAUUUGGGGAAGUUCGAGCGAUGUUAACUCACUUGACAAAUGUAAUGAACUUUAUAACUACGUUGAAAAUAAACUGGGACCGAUUAUCAAAAAAUAUGUACAACAAAUUAACAGAAAUUAUGACGAAACAAUAGAUGCUGAUUUCGAAAAUAACAAUGAGUAUAACGAUUCCUUAGUUAGUACAACUGAAGCAACUACAACACUCGAAUCUUUAAAUGAAAUCGAAACUACUACAAAUGAUUUUUUCACAAUAGGAAUCUAUCUAAAUUUAACUUCAUUACCACAAAACAGCAGUAAAAAUACUUCAAAUGAUGAAGAAGAGCAAUCAAGUGCAAGUAAUAAAGGGGCUGGUAGUAAUAAUGAAACAGAUUCAAAAACUCUUAAUGAAAGUUCCUUGUGGGAUAUACUAAAAAAUCAGUUUAAUUUUGGAAAAAGAAAUAAACAAACUACAAGAAGUAUAAAUAAAGCAGAGACCUCUGUAAUGUUAAAAGAAAAUGAUGUAGAAUCAGAUUUCAAAAAUGCAGCAACGUUCGAUGAAAUUUCCACGCAACAUUACACUAUUAAUAUCGAAGAUUCAUCUACAGAAAGGGCAAUACCGGAAAAUGUUUUAAUUAGUGUUUUGGAUAUUAAAAGCGACGACUCUAUGGUGACAGUUGAAAAUAAUACUUACCAUAUUAAUAGAAUAUCUGCAGAAAGCAUAGACAAUUUACAUAAUGAAAAUGGCGAUUUGAUUAAAGUUCUAAAUUUAAAACCACCGACGAUCGUAUCAGUAAAUACUAAAGACGAUAAAUCCAUUACUGACACUUUUACGGAAACAUUAACAGACAGCUCAGAGAACUUUUUUAUUAUCAAAGAAGAAGAAAACAAAGCUAUAGUACAACAAAGAUGAACGUGACUUAACAAAGGACAAUAGUGAUUAUGAGUAACCUUGAAUUUAUAUAGCUGCAAAUAUUACCAAAAAACUUCGAAAGAAGAUAGGAUGAAGACAUCAUCUAAUGUCUUAGAUAAACACUAGAGAAUAUAAUUAUUUGAUGAAAAUAAAAAGAAAUCACCUAUGCGUGAUAUAAGUAUUUAGUGCAAAUACUAUAAUUGCGAGUUUCUGCUGUCUGAAUUUCCGUUGUUUUCCAAAAAAUCUUUACAUACCAAAAUUUUGUGACGGCAAACUCUUGAAAAGUAUAAAAAUUAUCUUAUAGAAAUAUGUAUUUUAUCGGCAAAAAUCACGUCAUAUGGAAAAAUAUACUGUACCUUUAGGCUUUGUACCUUUUCUAGGGAUCCGUACCUCAAAAGGAAAAACGGAACCCUUAUAGGAUCACUUUGUUGUCUGUCUGUCUGUCUGCUACCUUUUCACGGACAGACACACUUUCGCAUUUAUAAUAUUAUUAUGGAUUGUGAUUAUCACAAUAUUUCGUUAUAUAGAUCGUUAAGAAGAAACAAUAUUAUUUCUUUUAUAAUGUUACCCACCGAUAGUAAUUUUCAUUCAAUAUACAAACUGCAUUUAAUUUGACCUCUUUGGCUCUGGGGUGGUAAUACUUACCUACGGACAUACUUACUCUAAGGCCUCAUUCACACGAGAGUUUUUUUUUAACG